GUGUAUCAAAAAUAAUAAGCAAAAAAUUUCAAAUUUGAUAAAAUUCUUAAAGUAUGUUAUAAAUAAUGGUAUAAUUAAGAUAAAUUAUAAGAUAAACUUAUAAAUAGUUAAAUUUAUACAGCUUUGUGUAAGAAAAUUAUAGGAAAAUAUGAAUUUUGAAAAAUUGUUGAUCUCAACCCUUGUCGUACUUUUCUCCUCAAAAACAUGGGGCUCUCGAGUUUUAGAGCUUAGCGAUCGUUUCCUCGAUGUCAGAUCAGAAGGUAUGUGGUAUAUUGAAUUCUACGCUCCUUAUUGCGGAUAUUGCAAAAAGCUUGAACCGAUUUGGAAUCAUGUUGGACAAUCGUUACACAACACUAAUAUUCGAGUUGGAAAGAUUGAUUGUACACGAUUCAAAUCAGUUUGUCACUCGUUUAAAGUGCAGGGAUAUCCAACAAUCAUAUUCAUUCGAGGAAAUAAUGAAUAUGUUUUUAAUGGAGAGAGAACAAAAGAUGAACUGGUUCAUUUUGCUAUGCGUAUGUCAGGGCCUCCCAUUCAACAAGUAACACGAGUCGAAAGCUUUGAAAUCCUCAAAGCGAAUAAUCCAAUUUUCUUUGUGUAUGUUGGAAAACAGUCAGGUUCACUUUGGGAUAGUUUUUAUAUCAAUGCUGAAGCCCAUCAAGCUCAUGGCUAUUUCUAUGCGACAACAGAAGAAGUCGCUGGUAAACAUUUUUUCAUAGACUCUUCUCCUGUUAUCCUAGUCUACAAAGAAAACAGUCACUACACAUUUCCUUUAUCAGAUAGUUUCGAAUCUUUCGAAUUGUCUCAUUUAAAUGGAACUCUUCACAAUUGGAUUACGUGCGAGAGAUUUCCAACAUUUCCUAAAAUAACUCGUGAAAAUAUUUAUUUAUUAAGACAAACGAAAAAGUUCUUGGCUCUUGUUGUUGUUGAGGAAAAUAAACUUAAUGAGCUUAUGACACAUGAACUUGAAUUUCGUGAUAUGAUUGAACGCAUCAUCAGAACAAAAAGAUCGAAAUAUCACGAAUUCUUUCAAUUCGGUUGGACGAAUCCCGAAUUGUCACAUUCCAUCGCAAUGGAUACUCUUAGCACUCCACACUUGCUUAUAUUGAAUUCAACGACAAACGAACAUCAUUUACCAGAAGAUGAUCCACUUGAAAUGACGCCAGAAGCUGUUGAAAUAUUCCUUGAAAGCGUUUUAAAUCAAUCAGCACGAGUUUAUGGUGGAGAUUUCUUCACCAUUCGAAUGUAUCGAGCAUGGUUCGAAUUGAAGCGCCUUUUGUGGGAUAUGUGGAGAGGCAACCCGGUUUUGACUUGUGUCAUAUUUGGACUUCCAUUGGGAUUUUUGUCAUUGAUUUGCUAUUCAAUAUUUUGUGCCGAUAUAAUGGAUGCUGACGAAGAAGAAGACGUUCAUGAAAAGAAGGAAUAGUAUAAGAAUUUCAAUCUUUUGAUUAUAUUUCUUUCUUUUUUUAAAUUAGACUUUAGCUCAUUUUAUUAAAAAAAAAAGAAUUAAAAAUGUAGUGAAAUAAAAUAAGAAAUAAAUUUUGAGUUGAUGAUAUAUUCUUUUGAGUAAGAAAGUUUAGAAUUCUCAGCAAUUCCUUAGAAUGCUGUCAUACUCGACUAGAUGCCAUAAUCUUCGUCUGAUUCACUAUCAAGAUUCGCACGACGUCGAUCAAAGUUAACUUUACUUGUUGAUCGUGGCAUUUGUUGAUUUAAGGAUUCUAAAAUCUGAACAAGUUGAGGGUCAUCUAAUUUUGAUCCAAUUCUUCCAGAUUGAGCCAUUUGAAUAAUCAUCUGUUCCACCACCAUUUCCGCUUUUUCUGGUUUAGAAAUUUUCAAUGUAUUGAGCCGAGCCCUUGCGUUUUGAUCCAAUAAUUGCGAAAGCAUAGAAUUCUUCAUUUCAUUCUGUUGUUCACGUUGUUGUUGAAUUUUUUCUUGAGAUUUUGGAUCAUAUUGUUGUUGCAUUUGCUUCAUACGAGCAUUUCUGAUGGCUUCAAUUUCUGGAUCAUCCAUGCUUGUAUUAAAUAGCUUUUUAUUAUUUUAAAUAAUUCUGAUUUCCUUUA